AUGCCCACCACCUCCAUCUCCACCUCCACCCCUCCAUCCCAGCCCACGCAGCCCACUCCCCCCGACUGGUCCGCCCAGCAAUACCUCAAAUUCGCCCCCGAGCGCACCCUCGCCAUCCACGACCUCCUCUCCCGCACGCUCCCCUACAUCCCCACCCAAUCCCCCAUAAUCCACGACCUAGGCUGCGGCCCGGGGACGUCCACCUCUGCGCUCCUCGCCGCGGUCCCAGGCGCCCAGCUCACAGGCAUGGACUCGUCGCCGGACAUGCUAGCGCGCGCGCGCGCCGUGCUGCCGGGCGUGGACUUUGUCGCGGGGGAUCUGGCGACGUACGCCCCAGCCGCGGAGACAGACGUGCUGUUCAGCAACGCGGUGUUCCACUGGCUAAGGAGGGGGGAACGCAUUGGCACGCUAGUACGACUUUUUGAGGGAUUGAAGAGCGGCGGUGUUGUCGCGCUGCAGGUCCCGGAUAACUACGACGAGCCGAGCCAUCGCUUGAUGCGGGAGACGGCUUUGAAUUCCCCAUCCCCAUCCCCAGAUCCAGACACAGCCCCAGGAACCCCAGCACCAGCCGCUGCGGACGCACCCUGGCUCCCCUACUUCGCCACCUCCGGCAUCGGCGACCUAUCCAACCCCUCGCGCCCGGAUCUCGACCCCAUCGAAUCGCCGCGCGAAUGGUACAACGCACUCGCGCCGCACGCGGCUUGCGUGCACAUCUGGCGCACGACGUACCAGCACGUGCUGGCGGACGCGGGGGCGAUCGUCGAGUGGGUGCGGGGCACGGGGCUGCAGCCGUACGUGCAUCGGAUUGCGGAGGGGGAUGAGGCGGCGCGGCGGGGGUUUUUGGCGGAGUAUGAGAGGAGGUUGCGGGGGGCGUAUCCGGCGUUGGCGGAUGGGAGGGUGAUGUUGGGGUAUCCGCGGUUGUUUGUUGUGGCGGUUAGGAAGUAG